AUGGACUCCGACCUUGACAGCAUCAUUGACGGCGCCGACGCCAAGAGGAGCAAGCGCCCCAGAGCGGGGGCACAUAAGGCUGACCAGUUGGGCAAAGGCCCCAAGAGGUCCAAGAAAACACCUCCCCUUGUUCUGCCAGUUUCGAGCUCCGUUGUUGCGUCGACUGCCCAAGCCAGCGCUUCCACGAUGGCGCCGUCUUCACAGAUUGUCGCCUCGGCAGUGGCGCCGACCUCGCUGGUCGACCCCUCCGCUAUGGCUGAGGCCCAACCUCCUGUGGUGGGUCAAUCAUCCUCUGCUCCGCUUUCCAAAAGGCCUUCUGUUUCCCGAGUCCAGAAGUUGUCAAUCUCCACCCAUAUCGACGCAUAUGCGGUGGACAAUGCUGCUGGAUCCCACGGAUCCACGCUGAUCUCGGAUGUCAUGUCCCGGAUCGGCCAGAGCUAUGGGAGUUUCGAAGCUCCCCAGUGGCAGUGCUUAACUGGUACCCGAGAUUGCACUGCUCUUUAUGAGAAGAGUAUCGAGCACACCGCCGCGGCUCUAGCCUUCACUGCUCAGCUCAAUUAUCAGUUAAACCACGAGAUCCAUUCGGGCAAGAUUCAUGCUCAAGAGGCGAAAGAUCUUCACCUCAAGGCGAGCGAUGAUCUGAAGGCGGCGAACGUGAAGCUCGAUGCGGGAGUUAAAGAGCGCGAGGGGAUGGCCACUGAGCUUGGAAAGCUGAGAGCUGAGCUCGAGGAGCAAAAGAAAGAGAAGAAAAAACUCGCCUCCUUGCUGAAUACAAAGAGAAGAAAGAACAAGCAGUUGAUUCUGCUAUGUACCGGAUGUGGGCCUACAAUGAGGAUCUGGACACCAGCUUCUUAGGUCCGCACGAGGCGCCGCUUCUCGAACGGUGGAAUGCUCGACUCGAGAAGGAAGAGGCUGAACAACUCAAGAAGGAGAAGGCUGCUCCAGACACCGUUUCGGAGGGAGCUCAGGAGGAUAGUCAUGUUAUUCGUCCUGAGGGGUCCGGAGCUACUGAUGCUGAGAAGGCCAAGGAGACUCCUCUUCCUUGAAUAUGAUCUCGGGGAGAUCAUUUAUUGGGGCUGCGUCCCCCUAUUUUGUAAUUAUUUUAACUUAUGCCCACGGGGCUAAUACAAUUUCUUUAACUAUUCUUUUACAUGCUUUACAUUUCUU